AGCACCUAAGAUUUAGUUGCUGUUGUUUUUAAUUGAAUAUUACUUUUCAAACUCGUUUAAAUCAUUUCAAAAUGUGCGCUGAACCAAAACAGACAGAUUUCAAAUGGCGCACCGGUCCCCAGUACUAUGCAGCCAUAGCAGCCAAUUUGAUAACGCUCGCAAUUGGAUGCAUGGUGGGUUGGUUUUCACCAGCCCUGGCAAAAUUGACAUCAAAAGAUACUCCACUCAUCGAAGGUCCAUUGAACAGUGAACAAAUUUCAUGGCUGGGGUCGAUCUCCAACCUCAGUGCACUGUGUGGCAUUUUUGUGACUGGAAUAUUUAUCAAAUUGUUGGGCUGCAAAAAUGCAAUGAUUUCAUUGGCUUUCCCGUCGACCGCAUUUUGGAUACUCAUCUAUUUUGGGAACUCAUAUUAUCACCUUUUGAUUGCAAAAAUUUGCGCUGGAUGGACAGGCGGCGGAAGUCAAGCUACGAUUGUUUUGUACAUUUCGGAAAUUGCCAACGAUGACAUUCGAGGAAGAUUGGGCUCAAUAAUCACACUCUUAGUCAAUAUUGGUAUUUUGAGCGGUUAUAUUGUGGGUGCUAUAGUCGACUAUGAGUAUGUUCCGUGUAUUUUCAUUGCCAUUCCACUGAUUUAUGUGGCUUGUUUCGCAUUCAUACCAAAUACACCACAGUAUUGCCUUCGUCGUGGUCGCAUUGAAGAAGCGGAAAAAUCUCUAAGGUAUUUCAAGGGAUUUAAAGGGGAUCCCAAGCAAAUUAAAGCAUUCAACAUCGAAUUUGAACGACUCAAAUCGGUUUCUAAAGAGCAUAACACAGAUCAAAAGCUUCAAAUCAACGAUUUCAGUGAGUUUUUGCAUUGA